CCUGACUCUUUCUCUCCCCCCUCUCCCACCCUUUGUUCCCCCUUCUUUAAAAAUGCUGUGUCUGCACGUCCCUCCCUCAUAUCGUCUGAGGCCUGGCUUCAAGGAUGGACUGUGCACUUCUGCUGCUGUCCCUGUGGGCUCUUAUUGGAGCAGUGUCCCCGCAAGCUUCAGGGUCGUGUCCGGAGAGACUUCUGGGAGAGGAGAGGAGGAGGACGUGUCCUCGGCCCUGUAAAGUUGACAAAGACUGCGGUAACAAGCGCCAGUGUCUGUGUGACGGCCAGUGUGGUCUCAGCUGUGUGGCUCCAGGUCGUACUUGUCCCUGGCCUCUACCCCCCAGUGAAAACUCAGAAGCUCGCCUCCUCUCUCCCACUCACUCCUUUUCUGCCCUACUUGAAGUGCGCUGCAAGCCUGGAUUCAUGUUGCCCAGUGGCUUGGAUGUCACUAUUCGCCGUUGUCAAGGUGACCGACAGUGGAGCGGGAGUGAGCCCAUCUGCACAGAGACUCAGUCACCCGAACCUGCUGCUGCCCAAACCUGCCCUCUGCCUGAGGAAGUCAUCAACACCUUCAGCAUCCAGGGUGAAGCUACUGUAGGAACUUCCAUCCGCUACAGCUGCUUGUCUGGAGCGGAUAUAGUGGGGAGCAGUGAAAAUUUCUGUCAGGAUAAUCAGACCUGGCAGUAUCCUCAUCCCAUCUGUAAAAAAGUGUACUGCCAGCCACCUCGAGAGGUGGAGCAGGGUUAUGUGGUGGCUGUCCAGAAGACUGAAUAUGAAGUUGGCUUUGACAUCCACUAUCUCUGCAAAAAAAACUUCCUCCUGGAUGGACCCCAGAAGGUCACCUGCCUGUCAAAUGGCAGCUGGAGUGCAUCACCUCCAUACUGCAGAGCUCGCUGUCUUGUCCCGGCUGAAAGAAGCCGUGUGCUGAUUGGUGGAGUGAAGCGCUGGCCGUUUGACGUUACAGAUGCCAUGGUUCCUCACGGGGAAAAUGUGGCGUUCUACUGCAAACAUCCUCGCAAGCAGUGCAGUUUCACUGCUGUCCAGACCUGUUUUGAUGGAAAGCUGCAGCCACCAGACUGCUACCUUGAGCCCACGUGGUUGCAGUAUAAACUCUUCCCUCAUCGGCUCGUCUCAGAGAUUGAAGCCUGUGAGCCUGGUGAUGUGGAGUGAGGACCUGUGCGUCUGACCUUGACCCACCUAACACUCAUGACACUGUGUCACAAUAUGAAAACCUCCCGACACACACCAGCACCCGUCACCUUGGGCAGCCCUGCUCCACUCUGCAGCUUUGCUUUAACGUUAACGAUUAUGGUCAGUUAGACUCAAAAAUAUUUUUUUUACUGCUCUUGUGAAUCAGCAGGUUAAGCUGUCUAUCCUGUGCUUGUGGCCUCACAGCCUUCGUCUCUCUCCCCUGCACACUAUCAAACUGCAGGCACAAGUAUAAUCUCAAGUAUUACUUUGAUCCUCCUCCAGCUUGAGCCAGUGCGUUCUGUAGAUGCAAUCCAUAGGCCUCCAUGAUGAUGCAUUAAUACAUGCUAUACCUGUUAUGCUUGUGAUGUUACCUUUAUGUAGCCUAACUCAUAAUGACUUGACUCUGUGAUAUCUCACUGUGUGAUCUUUCUUUCCUCUGUUGAGCCUGACGCAUCAAGUCUUGAGGCUUGUAAGUUUUAACGAGGUGAGUGAUUUGAAAUAAAAUAAUGUC